AUGAAGACAGCAAAACCAUUACCCUCUGAUCCCUCGUCGAGUCGCAGAGCUCAACCGGUACGGCAGACUCGAACAAAUCCUUCGAGGGCUUCGAUUCCGGGUGCUAGACCGUUUGGCCCACGAUCGUCGCUGAGCGGCGGUUUGGAGGAAAAGGACGUCGAGAUUUUCCCAGCCAUAACACACUUCGCAGACUCUAUAACAGCUCUCCCGAAGGAGCUUAUGCGACACUUUACACUGCUGAAAGAAGUUGACGCAAAAAUAUUUGCGCCAGAAGAUGAUCUUGGGAAAUUGGUCGACGCUGCGUUGAGCGCCCCUCUUCACGAGCGACGUCCACUAGCAGAUACACACAUUUCUUUCGGACCGGGCUCAAUACCUAUGAGCGCACAAGGCAGCACCAAUGGCUCGAUUGUCAACGGACAUCCCGCGUCUGUCGCAUCUAUUCCAGAUGCUGAUGCCCAGUUUGCCUCGGCGGCCUACGAUCCGGCCAAUAUUCCACGGCGGCAGCUUUUUCAGCACUGCGCGUUCACAAUGCAAAACAUGCUGGUCUCACUAGAUGAAAAAAACCACGUUAUUUCCACUGCGGCAGAAGCCCUUACCAAACAGCUCGCUCGGAUCGACGAUUGUUUCCCUUACAUCGAGCUCGAAAUCAGCGACGAAGCACGGUACGGGAGCACAACACAUUGGGCAUAUCCAGAAAAUCGAACAGGAAAGGCGGUUGCGAGCAACAUUCCGCGGAGAGAGGCCGCGGCUGUGAAUACUCUCUCUGCCGCGGCCCAGCAGCUUGCAGAAGAAGCUGCGGCAAGAAGUGAUGCACGGAAGCAGGCUCUGCUAGCGAAAAAAAAUCAUAAACAGGCUCCUGGCGAAUCGGAUUUUGACGAAACGAAUGAGAACCGGCAGAAAGAGAGUAAAAAGUCUCACGCCAAAGUCAGGAAAGCAGCAGACGCCUCACUUGGUGUUGGAUUGGGCAUAACAACUGCACCUGGAACAAACGGAAAUGCCCCCAAACGUAGAAAGGUCGAAAAGGGACCAACAGGUGGCGUUGUAAUGGAGAGAGCUUUGAGCGGCGUCUUUGGUAAUAAUGGGACAGCGACAAAGGGCAAGGCGGCAAGUCCACGAGAAACUCCUGGACCAGAUGCUGCGAAAAAGAAGCCGAGAACAAUUAAUGGAACAUCGUCACGGAAAAGGAAUAAUACUGUAACUGCUGCCAUGUCGCCCUCCAUUGCGUCUUCCCCUAUUCGAACAACCUUCCCAGACCCAAAAGCUCUGGUGCGCAUUUCUCCUCCUCCUACGAAUGGUGCUCGACCUGUGACAUCAAGAGCAAGGCAGAAUUCUACCCAGUCGAUUGUAGAGAAUAUACGUCCACGACAGGAAUCGGUGGCUUCUAUUAAGCCAAAUGGAAUUGCCGCAAUUAUCCCAGAUCCUCCAGUAGCCGCAGCUACCACAAGCAAAAUCUUGCCCGAAGUCAGGUUGUCGUUGAAAGAAUUGGCAAAUGGCAAAGUGGAACACGUCCUUGAAGAUUCCACACAAACCCAACCAACAAUUUCGAGUGGCAGUGUCAUCAGCAGUCGAAAGGACAGUGUUACCAAGAAAGAAGACACGGAAGUGAAUGGCGGUGCUGUGCAAAUCAUUCAGCAAACAGCUGUGACCACGAAGAGCGGGCGUGCAAGUAAACCUUCGACACCGGCAAUGCCCUCAUUUCCGGACCCACCGCGAUCUAGAUCAGCACGAAAUGUCCUCGAAAAUGGCUCACAUAACAAACGGAGUCAUAAGAAAGGAGCAGGUGCGGCUGCACAACUUAUUAUGCAACAGGCCAUCGAGGACGAUACCUCGAGCAAUGUGCCUGAUGACGAUGAAGAAGAUGAGCCCGGUCCGGAUGAGCCUCGAUACUGCUACUGUAAUGGUGUCAGCUAUGGCGAGAUGGUUGCUUGCGAUGCCGAUGACUGUAAAAAGGAAUGGUUCCAUUUAGAAUGUGCUGGGCUCAAGGUUGCGCCCAGAGGUAAUGCAAAGUGGUACUGCGACGAGUGCAAAGACCGAGUAAAAUCCAAACGUUUAAACGCUCGAUGA